CUCCCUAUCCAAUCAUAACUCUGGAGCAUCUCCCCCUCAAAAAAAUAAAACAGUUUUGUAUUCUCUGUUUUAUAAAAACGCCGUCCAUCCGCCCACCGGAAACCUAUGGAGCCCUACCCACACUCUCCGGCGACGCCCACCGUUUCCCCUCCCACAUUUUAAUUAAACUCCCUUCUUCCUCUCCCCCCAACUCUCAACCCAAUCGCAGACAUCGCUUAACACGAUGGUAACCGAUGAGGAUCCCUCACCGCCGGCGACUCCCACCGCCACUUCCGAUCCAAACCGAAAAGUUUUGUUCGGCAAGUACGAGAUGGGCCGACUAUUAGGUCAAGGCACUUUUGCUAAGGUGUACCAUGGCCGGGAUCUCUGCUCCAGAGAAAGUGUUGCUAUCAAAGUCAUCAGCAAGGAUCACAUCCGGCGAGAAUCCUGCUUGUCCGCACAAAUUCAGCGCGAGAUCUCCAUCAUGAGCCUCGUCGGCCACCCCAACGUCGUCGAGCUCAAGGAGGUGAUGGCCACUCGAUCUCGUAUCUUCGUUGUCAUGGAAUUCGUGCGCGGCGGCGAGCUUUUCUCUCUCGUAGCCCGCGGCCGCCUUCCCGAGGUUCUGGCCCGACGAUAUUUCCGACAGCUGAUUUCCGCCGUUGAUUUCUGUCACUCCCGCGGAGUUUCUCACCGGGACCUGAAGCCGGAGAAUCUUCUUCUCGACCUCUCCGGCAAUCUCAAGGUCUCCGACUUCGGGCUCUCAGCCCUUCCAGAUCAGCUCCGGCACGACGGUCUUCUGCAUACGCAGUGUGGCACGCCGGCGUACGUUGCGCCGGAGGUGCUCCGGAGCAAGGGAUACGACGGCGAUCGGGCUGAUAUAUGGUCCUGCGGUGUUAUCCUGUUCGUCCUCCUUGCCGGAUUUCUUCCUUUUCAGCACGAAAAUCUGAUGCGAAUGUACAGCAAGGUGUUCCGCGCGGAUUAUCAGAUCCCGCCAUGGUUUUCCCCUGACGCCCGCCGGCUGAUUUCCCGACUCCUAGUCGCCGAUCCGAAAGCUCGGAUCUCUAUCCCUGAAAUCCUCCGCCACAGCUGGCUCCGCUGCAGCGAUUUCCCGUCGCCGAUCUCGAUUUUACCGCCGAUUUCUCCUCCAGCGGCGGAAUCGGACUCCGAGGGGAAGGAACAAGGCGAUUCGCCCAGAUUCUACAACGCGUUCGAGUUGAUCUCGGCCAUGGCCGGAGGUUUCGAUUUGUCUGGAAUGUUCGAAGGAGAAGGGAGGAGGAGGAAGAAGGGGACAAUUUUCAUGUCGCGUCAAUCGCCUGCGGCGAUCGUGGAGGCGUUAGAGGGCGCUGGAAAGGGGCUAGGCUUUGGAGUGGCGAGGGGUGAUAGAUGGGGGUUUAAGUUGAGGAUGGAGAGGAUAGAAGAGGGGAGAAUGGGAAAGUUGGCCAUUACCGCGGAGGUUUUUGAGGUAGCGGCGGGUGUCGCCGUCGUCGAGUUUUCGAAGAACUCCGGCGAUACCCUCGAGUACGCUAAAUUUUGUGAGGAGGAUGUACGGUCUAGAUUGAAGGAUGUCGUGUGGGCCUGGCCGGGGUGACGGGGGGACCGGCGAUAUCCGGUAUUGGAUAGGUUUUUUUAAUGACGUGCAGGCCACUCGGAUUCUGUGAAUACUGCCGCGUGGCUAGUGUCCUGUGGGACCAAUGGGCUGAAGGAGCUUUGACUUUUUUGUAAAUAUCUAUUUGUGAGAUAUUUGUGACGAGAUGCGCUGGACAUAGAUUAUGUAUAAAAA